GCAUGUUCGAGUUUGGUUGCUCGUGGGUGACCGAGAGAGCCGACCAAUAUGUAUCCGAGCACAGCACCGUACGGCAAACAUUGUGCGCUUCAGCCCUCAAACACCGGCAGCCUUCCUAUUCAGUGGCCAGCAGUUCUGACCCUUUUUACGAGGCCGACUGAUGGUCACUGGACUGGGUUCUCGGAGGCAUGGGGGCUAGUGCGGCGUGUUUCGCGCACAUCCCAGCCAGAUGCUGUCUGGUAGUACUCUACUUACGGUCGUACUCUCGGGGCACACUUGCCCGCACCGGUCCAUCCUGCUGUUAACACAACUACUGAGCCUGGAGGAAUACUGGAAUUCUGACGUCCAGAAGCAUGGCAUGUCUGCACGUGUACGGAGUACACCAGGCCCUGUCAAUCGACACUCAGUGCGGAAUAGGACGGACAUUUUGGAGCCACAUCACCGAGUCCUUGGAGGCUGACCUUGGCCCGUCGGCCCUGGUUUUCCACGAGGUUCAGCCGCGUCUUUAUCUGAGGACCUUGUCAACCUCAUCCUGCACCAAUUAUUCAUCCGAAGCCGCGAGCAAGGGUGUUGAACUCCAUAACGUUCUGACACGCUUGAUUCGCUUGACUACAGUACCAACACCCGGCUGGCGAGCAUCUCUUGUUCAGAAGUCGCAAAUCCUUUCACCUGGUUAUGGUGCAAUUCCUGCAUCUUGAGACUCAACGCCCAGGCUGUCCAAUGCAUGCAGCCGCUUCCAGAAAUUGCAGAUAUGCUUCAGGGACGCGACAUUCGGUCCUUGAUAGGCUGAUAGCUUCCCAAGUCCUCAUUUACGACUGGUGCAUUUGCUCAUAUCCAGCCUGACAUGUACCUGAGGCGUUGUGGGCGUCCGGAUGCUGGCAUGUGUCGCUCGGAUGGAGCAUGUGCCGUCUUUUUAAUCGCCAACAUAUCUUUAAUUACUGUUGUGUGACGAUGAGCCGGAGUGACAAUUCCGCCUCAAACCUUGCUUUGGGACAGUCCAAGAUAAGUGCUGCUGAUUGAUUACGGAUGGUGACCCGGCGUUCUCCUGCACCCAGGUCGACAUGUCCACGAUAGAGCAGGGAUAAUAUCCCAUUUGUUGCCUCCAGCAUGAGGGAGGUCAUUCAAGGCAAGAUCGCCUGUUUCAUCCUUUGCAAAUGCUGAUGUAUUGGGGCGUUUUCCUUGCACUGUCCUGCGCCUUGCUCACCUGUGAGACGGUAUCAGCAAUAACCUCUCUACCAGGCUCGCUGAAUUCUCACUCAAUCAGUCAGCACGAGGUGUCACAGCUUUGAGCGAUUGAUCAGCGACCCUGUGGGCUUGUUGAUAAAUCUUCGCCGCUUGACACAGUUGGGGUGCAACUUGCGAGGGCUUCGACCACCGCUGGACCACGUUCUAUCUAAUGUAUCUAAAAAUACUUGGUAGAUUAGAUAUUCCAACUUACAAGGCCACCAACCCACCAAAUCGCCCUAGUGGUCUUACGAUGCCCGAUGGCCAUGAUCGUCAGACUUGCCAUUCAAAACUUGGCUAAGCUUUGUCUCACAGUGAGAUAUUAGAUUGGGGUCCUCGG